AUGCCGGGGCGAUUGGACUACUCACGCUUCGACCACAUCGGAGACACCGACUCCGAGGAGGAAAAGCCGCCGCAGGCUCCGACUGCCACGCCGACUGAAGCGAACGACUUGCUGUCAGAACUUCCCACCGACCUCCCCAGGGACCUAGCCUUAGUGCUGGCAGCCCGGCAAGGGCAGCACAACUUGGUGGAGGCCCUUCUGCAGAGUGGCGUGGAGGCCAACGCCGUGGACCCUCACGGAAUCAGCGCCCUGCAGCGGGCCGUGGAGUCAGGCGGCAUCCAGGCACGCGCCACCAUCGAGGCCCUGCUGGCGGCCAGGGCAGAUCCCUGCAAGGGCAAUACUGCAGACGACUGCGCUUUGGCGGCGGCAUCUGCCAGUGGUCCAGCAGAGCUGCUGAGUGCCUUGCUGGGUGCGGCCGUGCACGUCCCGAGCUCAUCGGCACUCUUGGGGGCAUUGGCAACCGCAGCCGCCAAGGGAAACCGAGCCACUGCGCAGGUCCUGCUGGACGCUGGUGCCCCUGCUGGUGAGGCUUCACUCCACAGCUGGGUGGACAAUGCUGACAGUGGCAUGGUCCGGCAGCUGGCUGAGAAGCGUGCAGAUGUGAAUCUGGCACAGGGCGAUGAUGGCGAGACGCCACUCACUCGCGCAGCUCGUCUGCGUCACGAGGAGUCGGCUGUGCAACUUGUUCAGUUGCUUUGCGACCUCCGUGCGGAUGUCAAUCAACCAGCGCGCUUCUCGGCACCAGUUGCUCUGGGAUGUGUUCUUGGAUGCCACGUCGCAGGAGGCAAGGCCCUGACGCCACUGGCGGCCGCCAGCCGCGCGGGAGCGGCAAAGGUGAUCCAAGCGCUGCUGGAAUGCAGAGCUUCAGUGCAGCUGCCGGACGGCUCCUCGUCCAUGUCGCCCCUCGUCGGGGCAGCCACUGUGGGGAGCCUGCCAGCUGCCAGUGCCCUCCUGCUUGCCAGGGCCUCCGCCGAAGCGGCGGAUGCUGCCGGGCGGCGUCCCCUGGCCUGCGCCGUGGCCAGUGGCAGCCUGGAGCUGCUCCUCGUCGUGGGAGGUGCCGCUUGCUUCUUGGCGCACGGGCCGAUGCGAACGAGCGAAGUCGCGCAGGCGAAGCUUUCGAAGGAUGUUAGUGUCCGAUUGUCUCAGAAGGACCAGGAGUUGCUUGCUUCCAGGGCAGAUCCGGACCAGGCCAGCGAGCGUGGGCAGACACCGCUGAUGCUGGCUGCCGGUGUGAGCCGGCACGACCUGUGCGAGCAGUUGUUGACUGCAUCCGCCCAGCCCAACAGCACGGAUCCAGAUGGAAAGUCUGCUUUGCUGCUGGCUGCUGGAGGAGGUUGUCUUCCGGUGUGUGAGGCCCUGCUCAGGGCUCGCGCCGAUCUUUUGCAGCGCACGACGGCCGGGGCCUGCGCCUUGGAUGCCGCAGCUGCAAACGGUCAUGAGGCUGUCUGCCGGGCGCUGUUGGAUGCAGGCGCGGACGUAAACUUGGCUGGCCCUGCACAAAGGAGCCCGGCAGACGCCGCAGAGUUGGCGGGGCACGCCGCCCUGGCGAAGAUGCUGCGCAGCUAG